AUGAAAACUAAGGAACUUUGGACUUACACAAUUGAUAAGCCAACCGAGCCGAAUUCAAAUCUCACAAAUCAAGUAUUUGCUUGCGCUUUUUUAAAAGGUAAAAAGUGAUAUAAUAGUAUGAAUAGACGGAGAUGUUGUGGUUGCCGCUGUAGGGAAUGCCCUGCUAUUAUUUGACACUUAAAAAUCUGAGAUGCUUAGACCACCUUUAAGAGGACAACACAAAGACACAAUUACUUGUUUGGCUGCAUCCAAGGAUGGAAAUAAAAUGGUUACAGGCAGUACAGAUAAAACAGUUAUUGUGUGGGGAUUCAAUAUCACUAGAGGCGAGAAGAUGUUGGAUGCCGAAAAAUGGUUUUCACACAGCGAAGCCAUAUAGUGUGUUGCCAUCAGUCCUUUGAUGUAUUAGAUAUUUACAGGCUCGAAUCAAGAGUACUCUCUAUGGGUUCCUGGAAUGAGUAAUAUUGAAAGGUAGAAGUACAAGGAGAAGAUAAUAUGUGCAGCUUGGAGUGCUGAUGGCCAGUAUGUUUCGUUUGGGACGCUUAGUGGUAUAUUAGAGUGCUUUUCAUAUUAGGAAUGAUUGUGAUUACUGAUAGACAAGCACAUUAAUUGAAGGAGAUUCAAACUCAGAAGGGGGGACCAGUCUGGUGCAUGGAAUGGACUCCAAUUACUUCAGAAUAUUAGUAGUCGCAAUUGACAGUCGGAGUGUGGAUGAAUUCCUUAUACCAAUUUGAUUGCAAUGGCUAAUAAAUUGGAGCUCGAACAGAAUUGCCAUUCGAUCCCUUGCAUAUCAAUUAUUAAUACAAUGGCGAGUACAUGGCAAUAGCUGGAAAUAAUAAUAAGAUUAACCUCUAUACGAGAGAGGGAGGAUUCCUGAUGGAAGCCUGUUCUCUCAAUGAUUGGGUCUGGUGUACCAAAAUAAAACCAAAAUCCACAGUGAUUGUUUGUGGUACUAAUGAUGGUGACAUUGUUGUGUAAGAAUUACUAUCAGAAAAUGUUACUGCAUUGUAUGAUGAUAAGUUCGUUUAGAGAGAACAAUUGACAGAUGCUAUCAUAUUGUCGAUGGUUUCUAAUUAGAAGGCCAGAAUCAAAUGUAAGGAAUUAGUCAAAAGAGUGGCCAUAUUCAAGGAGAAAGUGGCCAUCUUGUGCGGCAUCAAGGUCUUGAUUUACACUUGCGUUAUUAAGGGGGAGGAUUUUAUGAAAUACAAGCAAUUCAAGAAAUUUUAGAAAAGAGUGGAUUGUGAGCAUUUCUAAUUGGCAUCAUCAAAUGUUUUGAUUGGAGCAGGCUAGAAAUUAAUCGCAUUCAAUUUUAAUGGAGAUAUGGACAAAACUUGGAGUUUCGAAUCUCCUAUUACUGUAGUCACUUGUUAAGGUGGUGCUCCAAAGAGAGAACUAGUUUUAGUUGGGUUAGAGAAUGGAGGCGUAUACAAGAUCUUUUUGGAUAAUUCAUUCCCUAUUUAAAUUCAUAAGGUUAAUACACCUAUCAAAUAUUUGACUAUGUCUUAAACUAAAAGAAAAUUGGCAUUGAUAGAUGGCAAUCAGAAUCUAUAAGUACUAGAUACUAUGAGCAAAGAGAUUUUGUUUGGUGAAAUGAGUGUUGAAGGCGUUGCUUUCAAUCAAGAAUUUGAGGAUUUGAUAGCUUAUUCAGGUAAGGGAUUGUUGUUUUUCAAAUGCAUUACAUUUCCAGCCCUAAAUUAAAAGAUAACUGGAAAUGUUAUAGGGUUCAAAGGAUGCAAGUUAUUCCUCCAAAAUAAUAACUAAGUCCAGACCAUUGAUAUCCAAUAAACAGCCAAUAUGCAAAGGUACUUAGAGAAGAAGGAUUUCUAGAAUGCCUUGAAGAUAGCUUGUCUUGGUGUGACAGAGUAGGAUAUAAGAGCAUUGGGAAUAGAGGCUUUGAUAGCAGGGGAAUUUGAAAUAGCAAGAAGAGUAUAACAGAAUUUAAUUAUUUUAGUGUUUCUUGAGAAAUAAGGAUUACUAAUUCAUUGAUUUGCUAUUGAAAUACGAGAAGAAGAAUAUGGAUGCUCAGACGCUUAAUGAAUUAAACGCAGAGGCUUUGGCAUAUCAAGGGAGAUUCAUGGAUGCUGGUAAUCUGCUAAUAAAGGUUGGGUAGGCUGAUAGAGCAGUGUAGUUGUUUAAAGAAUUAAGGAGAUGGGAUGAUGCCAUAAGUAAUUAAUUAAUUUAAUUUAGACUUUGCUAAAAAGGGAGAUGUUGCGUAUAGAGCAGUGACAUCUGGAGGAAGAACUGGCACUGGAGUUAGAGCACCAACCUCCUAAGGAAGAACAGGCACAGGCAGGGGUUAGGCAGUCAUGCCAUAACCAUAAGAUAUAGCACCUCCGAAGAUAGAGAUGAAUAUGUUGUUGAGAGAAUAGGCUGAAUGGACCAAAGAAUCUGGAGAUUGGAAGGCUGCAGCUGAUUUGUUUGUCACUUGUGGAGAAUUUAAGAAGGCCAUUGAGUUGUACGGACAGAAUAAAAAUUUGGAAGGGCUGAUCAAUGUUUGCAGAAUGUUGGAUAGAUAAGAGAAUUCAGAUAAUAUAGUUUUGUGUGCUAAUUAUUUCAAGAAACUCAAACAUCAUGGAGGAGCUAAAGAAGCCUAUCUUAAAUUAAAUGAUUUGAAGAACCUUAUGAUUUUGCAUGUUGAAUUUCAAAAAUGGUAGGAAGCUUUUUAGAUUGGGAGAUCCAAUAAGGAACUUCUGGAAAUUGCCAAAGUACCAUAUGCCGAUUACUUAUUGCUGAACGAUCGCUAUGAAGAUGCUCUCAAAGCUUAUAAGAGUGCAGGCAGGUUUGAUAUCACAAUGAAAAUGACCAAAGACAUGGCCAAAAAUUGUAUAGAAGAACAAAGGUAUCAUGAUGCUAGUCAAUACUUAUGGAAUUUAGCCAUUGAUUGUUUGUCUUAAAUUCAAGACUAUUAAAAUCCAUCCGGAGAUGAUGUGAAAGCCAUCACCUAAUACAAGGAUUACAGUGAUUUAGCAGAUGUCUAUUAUGCAUAUCAAAAGAUACACAGCUUCAUCUGUGAACCGUUUCAACCGUUAUCAGGAGAAUCCUAUUUCUUAUAGAUUAUGAAUUCUGCCAGAUUCAUUAUCUCAAAAUGGAAGAGUGUCUAUCAGGGUAUCAAAAUGAGUUAUGUCUAUUAUGCAUUAGCUAAGUGCGCAGUUCAACUUGCAUGUUUCAAGACUGCUCGUAUAUGCUAUGAAAAAUUGAAUGUAAUUGAUUUACAAUAUUGUAUUAGCAAUUCAAAAUACCUGCGGAAUGGAGUGAAGAAAUAGAUCUUCAAUCCCUAUUAGUUAGAUCAAAACCAUAUACAGACGAUGAAUCUAAAUUGCCACUCUGUAUGAGAUGCUAAACAUACAACGCCAUCAUUAAUGUCAAUGAAAAAUUGUCGUUUUGCAAUGCUUGUUUGCAUCUCCUCUUCUGUUCCUUUAUCAGCUUCCAGACUCUCCCUCUUGUUGAGUUUAAGGUUGAUAACUCCUUAUCGAGAGAUGACGUGUAAAGACUGCUUAACAGUGAGAAAGUGUUUGUCAACAAGAGACCAGGAUAAUUAUUCUAAGAUAAAAUCAAUGAGAUUAUUCAACAAUAGCAAACAUCCCAAGACCAAUACUUGGUGGUAGAGUUGGAUGAGGCUGCAGUUCAAUCACUUUCACCUGAAGAAGUUUUGAUUGUAGAUUAUAGACAAUAUUGCAGUACUAUUGAUGUCAAAUACUAUAAAAACAUGGUUGGAGAAUAACCCAUUCAUGUUUGUCCUGAUUGCGGAAGAUUCUUCUAUGUUGAUGAACAUGAAUUCGAAUAUGUCCAAAAACGGUGCUGUCCAUUUUGUAGAAUUUCAGAUAAAAAAAUACCAUAGAAGGAUGUCUUCGAUAUUUGAAAUAUAAUAAAUAAUUAAAAAUAUCAAAAA